UUCGAGCAUCAAACACUGCACUUUCUACUACAACAUACACAUUUAUGAACCUACUGCACGUCAACGAGUCGAGGUGAUUAUUUGUUACACAGAUUCAUGAUGGUCAACGUAGUCUAAGCAUGAAGAACAGUCAGAAGCAAGCUGAAAACAUACCACACAUCAGCCCGGACAUGCAUACCCGUCAAGGGGCCUGCUGGAUGUCACCCCAUGCCGCUUCGUCACGCACGAGCCAGACCCUGCGCAUGUCCGCACAGAGGAGGCACGCCGGCACAAGUAUGCUGUGUCGUCACAUUGCGCUAGCAUUAUGGCUGUGUCAGGCAGGGGCCGUGGACUGUGGCAAAAUGUGUACCGAAGGUGAACGGAAGUGCAUUCAUCUCGCAGGUAUUCUCGCCACAAGCACACUCGUUGUGCGCACCGACUCGCGAUUUGACGGACACGAACUUCUCGUUUCAAGAGCCCGCGCUCGUAAUCACUUUGAGGUCAGCUGCCUUCGCCAGCUGGACGACCGUCGCGCAGACAUGUCCCACUGCGGCGGUGACAAAAGUGGUAUUGCGCGGACUUUUGCCAGGUGUGCUGUGCCGUCGUGCCUGCGCGUACGAGACGUCAGUUCGAGUGCUCUUCUACGCACAGGUUCUGUGGAGAGUACAUGGCACGGCAAUGGAUGAGCUAGCGUAGGAGACAAGUUGAGUCGUGAGGUGAGCGUUCAGACGUUGAAAGACA